AAGCUUCAAAACAAAGUGGUACUCCAAUAUUAGUUUUGUAACACUUUAAAUAGUGGAGUAUCAUGGAGAACUUAGAAUUUUCAGAGCCAGUGAGUCCUAGUGGAAGAUACUUCAACACCACUUUGCUAUGUGCAUAUGUUUUUGGGUUCUUGGAAUCAGAAAUUCCAAUUGAUGACUCUCAAACUAUGUAUUUGUUCAAAGAUGUCUUUCUACCUAUCAAUCCACGCUUUUCCUCCAUAAUGGUGAGAGAUGAAGAUGGAGAAAUGAGGUGGAAAAAAGUGGAGGUGAAGGCAGAGGAGCACAUAAAAGUUCCCAUAUUCCCAAAAAAUGAGUCAUCACAAUUCUAUGAUGAAUACUUUGAUGAAUAUGUAUCAAGAAUAUUAAUGGAAAAAACCCCUCAAGAUAAACCACUAUGGGAAAUUCAUGUGAUCAAAUACCCAACAACAAGUGCUAAAGGCACCUUAAUAUUCAAACUCCACCAUGCUCUUGGAGAUGGUUACACCCUUGUAGGUGCUCUACUCUCUUGCCUUCAAAGAGCUGAUGACCCUUCUCUUCCCUUGACCUUUCCCUCGCGCCGGCCGAAUGAGUCGGCCGUGCGCGCCAAGAAGGGAUUCUUCAGGAGGAUCCCUUCGGCCGUAUUUUCGGUAUUUAACUCUAUCUCGGAUUUUGGAUGGAGUGUGGUGAAGAGCUCAAUGGUGGAAGAUGACAAGAGUCCUAUAAGGAGUGGAGAGGAAGGUGUUGAGAAUCAACCUUGUGUCUUAACAAACAUAUCAUUCUCUUUGGAUCAUAUUAAAAAGAUAAAGUCCAUGCUUGGUGUGACGCUGAACGAUGUGAUUACUGGGGCAAUUUUCUAUGGGAUUAGGCUAUACAUGGAAGAAAUGAACAGUGAGAAGGGAAGAAGAACAAAGUCAACAGGAUUGGUUUUACUUAGUACUAGGAACAUUGGAAGCUACCAAUCAAUUCAAGAAAUGAUGAAACCAAAUUCAAGAUCUCCAUGGGGGAAUCACAUUGCUUUCUUGCACGUUUCCAUCCCUAAGCUAACCCAAUCAAGCCUUUCCAAUCCCCUUCAAUUUGUUUGGAAAGCACAGAAGAUUAUCAAGAGGAAGAGAAAUUCUUUCACUGUUUUUCUCAUUGAGUGGCUUCUUGAUUUGGAGCUUAAACUAAGAGGACAUGAGGCAGUUGCAAAACAUAUUUAUGGGACACUAAAAAAUGCAAGUGUGGUAAUAUCGAACUUGAUUGGGCCAGUUGAACCUAUGGCGUUGGCAAAUCAUCCUUGUAAAGGCUUGUACUUUACAAUGACUGGUGGACCUGAGAGUAUCAAUAUUGCAAUUAUGAGCUAUACAAGAACAUUAAGGGUUACCUUAAAAACACAGAAAGGCUUCAUCGAUGAAAAGUUGUUCAAAUCAUGCAUGGUCAACGCUUUUGAAGCCAUAUCCAAAGCAGCAAUGGAGAUGCCUCGAAGCAAAGGUUAAACCUACCUACCAAGGAGGGAAACAAAGCUAAGAAGCCUUAAAUCGUUUGGGACUUUUCUUUUAUUAACUAUAAUUGCAACAAUCAAAAGAUAUCCAAAUUAAUGUUCAAUUUCAAUUAUGUUAGCUAAUAUAUGUCGUUAAGACGUAUUUUUAUAUUUUUCAUAGGACCUAAAUAUAUUUUUUUAUAUGACACAAAAUUAUAAAAUCAAAUAUAAUUUAGUAGUUAAA